AUCACCAUUUUUAUUCCCCACCAUUUUUAUUCCCCACCAUGACUAAGUCCAUUACCGAAGGAGUCUACGUCCCUAUCGUCACUUUUUACAAGAAAGACGGCCACACCAUUGACUUUGAUACCCAAAUCAAACAUGCAAAGUUCCUUAAACAAAACGGUAUUCAAGGUAUUGUUGCAUUGGGAUCAACUGGAGAAAAUGCCUUGCUUUCCCAGGCUGAAAGAAUCGAAUUGCUUUCAAAGUUGCACCAAGCGGUUCCAGACUUUGAAAUCAUCGCCGGAGUACAACAGCAUAACAUCCAGGAUUGCUUGAAGUCGAUCUCGGACUUCAAGAAGGCCGGGGCCUCAGUGGCCAUGGUGUUACCUUCGUUCUACUACGGACCUGAAACCUCGCAACAAGGUCUUAUUGACUGGUUUACUGAAGUUGCCGAUAACAGUGAGUUACCGGUCAUUUUAUACGUCUACCCCGGAGUUUCCAAUGGGUUGCAAACGUCACCAGAAACCAUCAGAACCUUGGCCAAGCACCCCAACGUUAUUGGGUGCAAAUGCUCGCACGGAGAUGUUCACCAGUACUCACGAAUCGGACUUGAUAAAGAGGUUGAAGCCAACAACUUCAAGCUUUUAUCGGGACAAGGUCAAUUGUUGUUGCCAUUAUUUGCUAUUAAUGGUAAGGGUGUUAUCGAUGCACUUUCUGGAUGUUUCCCUAAGACGUUUGUCAAGCUCUUUAAAUUAGUGAGCGAAGGAAAGUACCACGAAGCCAGAGAGUUGCAGUAUGUGGCUGCCGAGGCCGAAGUAUUGGCCUCCCAGGGCGGAUUUUUAGCCAUCAAGAGAGCAAUCAAGGAGCACUUGGGAUUGGGUGAGAGUUUAGUGGGAAGAAAGCCAAUGAACCAUGCUUUGAGUGAUACCCAGUGGGAGUCUUACAAGCCUAUGUAUGAGUUGAUUAAGAAGACCGAAGAGUCAAUUUAGAUAGAAUAUAUGGAGCUUGA